AUGCCAGGAAAAACUGACAACCGCGCUUGUCACCACCAGCGUUUUCUACGCCGACGACGACGCUCCACAAUGCCUGGCCACCGCCGACGAAGACAUGUCUAUUUAGACGCGCGAAGCUGGCGAUCAUUGCCCGUAACGCUAUUCGUCUCAAGUGUACUAUCGCCGUAUCUAGCACCCUCCCCCUCGGACGCAUCACAGAGCAACCACGAGCCCGACUGUCAGGGCUGUCUCAUCGUGGGGAUGCCACAGAACUCUGGCUGCACAUUGCGCCCAGACACGGCCUUGCGCCCUGAUGGACGUUUCGCAUGA